CCAAGCAGAUCCAAAUCUCCAUCGAUAUCCCAAUCUCCAAAGAGGAGAGUCUUGCGUCCAAAGAUGACAGCAAAGUCUCCACUGAGAUCCAGAUCUCCAAGGAGAUCCAAAUCUCCAAUGAGAUCUCGAAGGAGACCCAGAUCUCCAAGCAGAUCCAAAUCUCCAUCGAUAUCCCAAUCUCCAAAGAGGAGAGUCUUGCGUCCAAAGAUGACAGCAAAAUCUCCAAGCAGAUCCAAAUCUCCAUCGAUAUCCCAAUCUCCAAAGAGGAGAGUCUUGCGUCCAAAGAUGACAGCAAAGUCUCCACUGAGAUCCAGAUCUCCAAGGAGAUCCAAAUCUCCAAUGAGAUCUCGAAGGAGACCCAGAUCUCCAAGCAGAUCCAAAUCUCCAUCUAUAUCCCAAUCUCCAAAGAGGAGAGUCUUGCGUCCAAAGAUGACAGCAAAGUCUCCACUGAGAUCCAGA